UUUUGUUUCUUUAUUGGUUUCUCUCCCGCCACCUCUGCGUUGUUAAACCCUAGCAACGUAUUCAUUCUCCGGCUGAGCCAAACCGCCUCCGUACAGUAAAAACCAAAAACGAUGGACGUUGAUACACUGAUGGAACCAAUGGACUUAAAAGUCUCAGAGUUGUUGAAGGAAGUCCAGGUCGAUUACUCACCUGCUCUCACCGAGCUCGUGGACGACACCGUUUCAGCCAUCAAAGAAGCCAUCAACCAAAUUCCCGAAGGCAUCGAGGUUACAGUUGAUGAAGCUCCAGGUUUUGUUAAGGAUAUUGGUGCAGAUAAAGUGGAGUUUAAGUUUAAGAAGCCAAAAUCCGUUGAAAUUGGAGGUAGUUAUUCGAUGAAGUGCAUUGCAAAGCCUGAUAUUAAUGUGGACCUCUUCAUUCAGUUGCCAAAGGAGUGUUUCCAUGAGAAAGAUUAUUUAAAUUACCGGUACCAUGCCAAAAGGUUCCUUUACCUCUGCAUACUCAAGAAGUUUUUGAAGUCUUCUUCAUUAGUUCACAAGGUUGAAUGGUCCUCCUUCCACAAUGAGGCCCGAAAACCUGUAUUGCUUGUCUAUCCAGCCAGGAAGGUUGUUGAAUUCCCUGGGCUCUUUGUGAGGGUAAUUCCUACAGCAAAAUUCCUAUUUAAUGUUGCAAAGUUGGACAUGAAGCGGAACAAUAUUCGUGCUUUAAAUCAAGAGGGGAACACGCCGCUGCCUACACCAAGAUAUAAUAGUAGUAUGUUGGAAGACAUGUUUUUAGAGGACAACACAGAAUUUCUUAAGAAAACUUUUCUUGGAUGGAGGGAAUUGAGAGAGGCUCUAAUUUUGCUGAAGGUUUGGGCUCAGCAGAGAAGUUCUAUAUAUGCCCAUGAUUGCUUAAAUGAGUUUCUAAUAGCUGUCAUAUUGUCGUACCUAGCAACUCAUGAGAAGGUUAAUAAUUCUAUGAAGCCAUUGCAAAUAUUUCGUGUUACAAUGGAUUUUAUAGCAAGUUCAAAAUCAUGGAGCCAAGGGCUUUACUUCUGGCAGCAACGUGAGGUCAAGGUCUCCAAGGAGGAAAGGUUGCUCUAUAAAGAAACAUUUCCAGUAGUGAUUUGUGAUUCAUAUGCACACCUCAAUUUGGCUUUUCGGAUGAAAAGUAAUGGUUUCUUAGAGCUUCAAGAUGAGGCUGCCUUGGCACUUAAAUGCUUAGAGAAAUCAGGAGAUGUUGCUUUUGAGGAUAUUUUUAUGACCAAGAUUGACUUCUCUUCUAAAUUUGAUUAUUGCAUAAGAUUGAACUUGAAAGGAAAUAGCAAGGUUUGUGCAUCAGGGUUUUGUUUGGAUGAUGAAUGUUGGAGAUUUUACGAGCAGAAGGUACACAAUAUUCUGUCUCAAGGACUGAGUGACAGGGCCAAGUUCAUUCGUGUUAUUUGGAGAAACUUCCAUUCUGAUUGUGACAUAGAAAAUGGUUUGUCAACACUGGAUACAGAGCCACUGCUCAUUGGAAUUUCAGUAAGCUCUUUAGAGAAAGCGUUUAGAGUUGUUGAUAUUGGUCCAAAUGCUGAUAAUAAAGAGGAGGCUCUCAAGUUUCGGAAGUUUUGGGGAGAAAAGGCAGAGCUCCGUAGAUUUAGAGAUGGUAAAAUUGCUGAAAGCACAGUAUGGGAAAGUAAGCAGUGGGCGAAACAUCUCAUUCUGAAAAGAAUAAUUGAAUAUGUACUCCUCCAACAUCUUUCUUUAUCAAAAACAAACGUCCUGCAAGUUGUGGAUCAACUUGAUUUCUCCCUUCUUCAUGGUGUUGAAGAUCCUAUGUCAUUUUCUGCAAGUUUGCUUGCGGCAUUUGAACUUCUAUCAAAGCGCUUACGUUGUAUUGAGGACAUUCCCUUGAAGGUGUCUAGUGUGCAGCCUUUAGACCCAGCUUUCAGGUUCACAUCCGUCUUCCCUCCUAGACCACAUCCACUAGCAAGUGAAAAGGGUCACGUUCCAAAAUUACGUAAGCUGAUUUCAUGCUGUAUCCAGCCAUUGGAAGUUAUGAUUCAGUUGGAAGGUUCUGGGAACUGGCCAAUGGAUGAGGUGGCAAUUGAGAAAACUAAAUCUGCUUUCCUUCUUAAAAUUGGGGAGAGUCUUCAGAAUAGUUGGGGGAUGACAUGUAUUGCUACUGAGGAUGACGUGGAUGUUUUUCUUUCUGGAUUUGCAUUUCGUCUUAAAAUUUUGCAUGAGAGAGGCUUAAGCUUGGUGAAAAGGGAAAUUGGAAGUGAUAUAGUGAAGAGGGUUCCUUCUGUAGACAAGAAACUCUUUGUUCGUGGUCAGCAUUCUAGCAUGAUUAAUGGGUUACAGGGAAUUUACCAAAUGUAUGGGCCAGUUGUUAGGCUUGCAAAACGAUGGGUCGCUUCCCAUCUGUUUUCAGAUUGCUUGGUUGAGGAGGCAGUUGAAUUAUUGGUUGCACAUCUCUUUGUGAAGCCUUUGCCAUUUACUGCUCCUUGUUCACGCAUCGUUGGAUUCUUAAGGUUCUUGCGACUACUUGCUGACUAUGAUUGGACCUUUUCUCCUUUUGUUGUUGACAUAAAUAAUGAUUUUACUCCGAUUGACAAGAAAGAGAUUUAUGAUAACUUUACACUGAGUAGAAAAGGUCAUGAAGAAAACGCACAGAACAUAAGCCCGUCAAUGUUCUUGGCAACAUCCUAUGACAAGGCAUCUGAAGCUUGGACCAGAUUUGCACCAAACUCACUGGAGCUUAAGAGGUUGGUGGCCUAUGCUCGUAGCAGUGCAAACCUGCUGACUAGACUUGUAUUGGAGGAUCAGACUGGUCCUUUGAAAUGGGAGUGCCUUUUCCGAACUCCUCUGAGCAACUAUGAUGCUGUAAUUCUUCUCCAUGCAGACAGAUUACCUUAUCCUCAGCGUCUUCUCUUCCCAUCCAAUUCAAACCAAGGGAGACUUGUGGUUCAUGGGAAUGCAAGCAAAGCUUUUCAGCCCUUCAUGUUGCCUGGAGAUUUGAGGGGUAAUUCAGAGGAGAUCAAACAUAAGCUGAUGGUGAACUUUGAUCCUUUGAGGAGCUAUGUUGCAGAUUUACAGAAAGAGUUCAACACAUUUAAGUUGUGGUAUGAUUCUCUGGGAGGUGAUGCAAUUGGCCUGACGUGGGAGACAAAGAAACGAGGACGAGAUGAAGCAUGUGAAGGAGAAGAUCCAAUUAAAGUGUUAAAAGGUGUAGGUGAAGUUGGGAAAGGAUUUGUAAGGAGUGUAUAUUUUCUUAAGGCACCAAGGCUCAUGAAAUGAGUCUCGUUUCACAAAGCUUAGAAUUUGGUUCAUCAGAAACUUCCAUGAUGUAAUCAUACUUGUUUUGCUACUUCAGUACUACCAUUUCCCUAUAGAGUGAUUCCUACUUUCGAAGAAAUAUAGGCAAAAUCUUAUCAUAUUCUGUGUUUAGGUUUUGAUCUGUUGAGUGUAGAACAGGAGAGGAAAUGGGAAUUUUUGGUGUGCCAAUUGUAUAGAAGCCUGUCUGGAAGUGUAUCCACUUGUUAAAUUAUCAUAUUUCAUUAUUUGAUAAAUGCGUGCUCUUUGAUGGAA